AUGAAGCUCUCCACCGGUUUACUGGCGGCGAGCCUGGCGUCUCAGGCCCUGGGCGCCGCCAUCUCUGCCGGCAAGCCCAAUGACCUGAUCAAGCCGUACAAGCGCGAAGCUCUGCAGGACAUCGUCACUUGGGACGAGCACUCCAUCUUCGUCAACGGCGAGCGCAUCAUUUUCCUCAGCGGUGAAUACCACCCGUUCCGACUUCCCGUUCCUUCGCUCUGGCUCGACGUCUUCCACAAGAUCAAGGCCCUGGGCUUCAACGGCGUGUCGUUCUACGUCGACUGGGCUCUGCUGGAAGGCACCCCCGGCGAGUUCAGCGCCGAGGGCGUCUUCGCCUGGGAGCCUUUCUUCGACGCCGCCAAGGAGGCCGGCAUCUACCUGCUCGCUCGUCCCGGUCCUUACAUCAAUGCCGAGGUUUCCGGUGGUGGUUUCCCUGGCUGGCUCCAGCGCGUCAAUGGCACGCUGAGAACCGACGACGAGGCCUUCAUCAAUGCUACCGACAACUACGUCAAGAACAUUGGUGAGAUCAUCGCCAAGGCCCAAAUCACCAACGGCGGCCCUGUCAUCCUCUUCCAGCCGGAGAACGAGUACACGGGCGCUGUCGAUGGCGUUGAGUUCCCCAACGAGCGCUACUGGGCCAUUGUCGAGGAGCAGUUCCGCAACACUGGCAUUGUCGUCCCCUACAUCAACAACGACGCUUCGCCUCAGGGAUACUUUGCUCCUGGCUCCAACUGGACCCCGCAGGUCGAUAUCUACGGCCACGAUGGCUACCCGCUUGGCUUUGACUGCGCCAACCCAUACACUUGGCCCGACGGCAAGCUGCCCACAAACUGGAGGGAUCUGCAUGAGGAGCAGAGCCCCAGCACUCCUUACUCAGUCAUCGAGUUCCAAGCCGGUGCCUUCGACCCCUGGGGCGGUCUUGGUUUUGACCAGUGUGCCGUCUUGCUCAACCACGAGUUUGAGCGUGUCUUCUACAAGAAUCUCCAGAGCUUUGGCGCUACCAUUCUGAACUUUUACAUGAUCUUUGGCGGCACCAACUGGGGCAACCUCGGCCACCCUGGCGGCUACACCUCUUACGACUACGGAUCCGUCAUCAGGGAGACGCGUGAGAUCAACCGUGAGAAGUACAGCGAGCUCAAGCUUCAGGGCAACUUCCUGAAGGUCUCCCCCGCCUACCUGACUGCCGAGCCUGGUGAGCUGUCCAACGGCUCUUACGCCAGCACUCCCGAGAUCGCUGUGACUCCGCUGCUGGGCAAUGUCACCAACUUCUUCGUUGUCAGGCAUGCUGCCUACAACUCGUUGGAGUCCACCCCUUACACCAUUACCGUCCCAACCAGCAAGGGCGACCUUACCCUCCCGCAGCUGAACGGCACUUUGACCCUGAAUGGCCGCGACUCCAAGGUCCACGUCACCGACUACGACCUCGGCGGAGAGAACCUACUCUACUCGACGGCUGAGAUCUUCACAUGGCAAAAGUACGACGACAAGACGGUUCUCGUCGUCUAUGGCGGCCCCAACGAGGCACACGAGCUCGCCUUUUCCAGCGGCAAGAACGCCACUCUCAUCGAAGGCUCGGGCGUAACCAUCACGGCCAAGGACGGCGCCACCAUCCUCCACUGGUCUGUGACGCCGACGCGUAAGAUCGCCAAGGUUGGCGAGAGCCUCUACGUCUACAUCCUCGACCGCAACUCGGCCUAUAACUACUGGACUCACGACGACAUCGUCCUGCAAGCCGGAUAUCUCAUCCGAAACGCUUCGGUCGACGGCACCACCUUGUCCAUCGUCGGUGACCUCAAUGCGACCGCCACGCUCGAAGUCAUUGGUGGUGCACCAAGUGGCCUGACCAAGCUGACCUUCAACGCUGAGGAGCUCGAAUUCGACCAGUCGUCCACGACCGGCGCAGUCUCGGCCGCGUUGACCUACACGCCGCCCACCAUCAAUCUCCCUGACCUCAACACUCUCUCUUGGAAGUCUCUCGACACGCUGCCCGAGAUCGCCGCCGACUACGACGACAGCGCCUGGCCAGCUGCUGACCAGCCCUACACGCUUAACACGCUGCGUCCCCUGACGACGCCGACCUCGCUGUAUGGCGGCGACUACGGCUACCACUACGGCACCCUCCUUUUCCGCGGUCACUUCACCGCCACUGGCGAUGAAUCAUCGCUCUACAUUUCCGCCCAGGGCGGCUUCGCUUCAGGCUUCAGCGUCUUCCUCAACUCGGCGCACCUCGGCUCGUGGGCGGGCGCCGACUACGCGUCCAACGGCAACCUCACCCUGUCCAUCCCGGCGGAUGCCGUGCCCGCGGCCAACUCGGACGCCGUUAUCACCGUCGUCCUCGACACCACGGGUAUCAGCGAGAACUGGAUCGUCGGCGCCGAGGAGGCCAAGUUUCCGCGUGGAAUCCUCGACUUCGAGCUCAAGGGCCACGAGAAGAGCGACGUCGCGUGGAAGCUGACGGGCAACCUCGGCGGUGAGGAGUACCUCGACCACUCGCGCGGCCCGCUCAACGAGGGCGGCCUGUUCGCCGAGCGUAAGGGCUACCACCUCCCCGGCGCGCCCACGGACGAGUGGGAGGACAGCGCAGGCCCAGUCGCCGAUGGCGUCAAGGGCGCUGGCGUGAAGUGGUACGCGACGAGUCUCGAGCUGGACGUUCCGCAGGGCUGGGACGUACCCAUCUCCUUCGUGUUCGGUAACGGCACCGCCAACGGCACCGCCGCCGGCGGCCAGGCCGAGGCGUACCGCGUCCAGCUCUUCGUCAACGGCUGGCAAUUUGGCAAGUACAUUCACAACAUCGGCCCGCAAGAUGUCUUCCCCGUGCCCGAGGGUAUUUGGGAUUACAGGGGUAGCAACUUCGUUGCCGUGAGCGUGUAUAGUCAGGAAGAUGCCGGCGUCGAGGUGGAGAGUUUGGAGUUGGUGCACGGCACGCCGGUGAAGACGGGGUACGGAAAGGUUGAGGUUGUCGAGGGUGAAGCAUAUGCCGCGAGAGAAGGAGCAUACUGA